CCAGCUGGAAGCUCCUUUUGGGUGGGGGGGGGCCUUCCUCCCGCUCCGUGGUCACUGCCUGGGUCCCCUGGGGACUGGGCAUAAACCAGGUCUGCCCCAACUCAGAGUCUGCGUCCUUCCCAGUGCCAUGGACUCCUACAAGAUCACGCUGGAUGGCCCAGCCCCUUGGGGCUUCCGGCUACAGGGUGGCAAGGACUUCAAUAUGCCCCUCUCCAUCUCUCGGCUGACGCCGGGGGGCAAGGCGGCCCAGGCGGGCGUGGGCGUGGGCGACUGGGUGCUGGCAAUCGACGGAGAGAGCACCAGCACGCUAACCCACAUCGAGGCCCAGAACAAGAUCCGAGCCUGCGGAGAAAGACUGGGCCUCAGCCUGAGCCGGGCCCAGCCGCUCCUGGGCAGGCCACAGAAGGACCCCAGCCCCGGCUCCGCCGAGCCCCCGCACUAUAGCUUUGUGCCCAGCGCCGCCCUGAACAAGACUGCCCGGCCAUUCGGGGCCUGCUCGCCCACGGAGACCGGGACCCCCGGGCUGGUGACGAAGGCCGUGGCCUACCCGUCGCCCCCCAGGCCCACCCACUCCCCCCAGCAGAACGGGCACACCCCGCAUCUGGCCGGCCUGCCUGGGGAUGCCAGCAAAAAGCGGCUCAUGGAGGAUACUGAGGACUGGCACCCGCGCACGGGCACUGGCCAGUCCCGCUCCUUCCGCAUCCUCGCCCACCUGACGGGCACUGAGUUCAUGCGAGAUCCCGAUGAGGAACAUCUUCAAAAGUCCAGCCAGGUGCUCAAAACGGACUCCACAGCGGCAGUGAUGCCACCGGAGCCACGGCCGGGUUCGGCCGCCCCCAGGCCUCCCGCCCCCGCGGGAACCACCAGUCGCCCGCCCUGGGCCGUGGACCCCUCGUUCGCCGAGCGCUACGCCCCGGACAAGACCAGCACGGUCCUGACCAGACACAGCCAGCCCGCCACCCCCACCCCCGUGCAGAACCGCAAUUCCAUCGUGCAAGCCGCGCAGCAGGCCCCCGACGCCCACAAGACUCCCGUCUGCCACCAGUGCAACAAGGUCAUCCGGGGACGCUACCUGGUGGCCCUGGGCCAUUACUACCACCCCGAGGAGUUCGUCUGCUGCCAGUGUCGGAAGGGGCUGGACGAGGGCGGCUUUUUCGAGGAGAAGGGCUCCGUCUUCUGCCCCAAGUGCUACGACACGCGCUUUGCUCCCAGCUGUGCCAAGUGCAAGAAGAAAAUCGCCGGGGAGAUCAUGCAUGCCCUCAAGAUGACCUGGCAUGUGCAGUGCUUCACUUGUGCCGCGUGCAAGACUCCCAUCCGGAACCGGGCAUUUUACAUGGAGGAAGGGCAGCCGUACUGUGAGAGAGACUAUGAGAAGAUGUUUGGCACCAAAUGCCAGGGCUGUGACUUUAAGAUUGAUGCCGGGGACCGGUUCCUCGAGGCUCUGGGCUUCAGCUGGCAUGACACCUGCUUCGUCUGUGCGAUCUGUCAGAUGAACCUGGAAGGGAAGACCUUUUAUUCCAAGAAGGACAAGCCUUUAUGCAAGAGUCAUGCUUUCUCUCACGUCUGAGCAACUAGCCGCCUCGCUCCAUGGCCACCGCUGCCAACCACGCCCCCCGCUUCCGCCUCACUCCUGGAGCCACGUCCCUGGGGCAGGGGGAGGCUGGAAUCCCCCCACCCCACCCCCAUCCACCAUCCCUUCCCCAGCCCCUGGCAAGGGCCUUGCCCGUUCCAACCUCCUCCCAAACCUAUGUCCAAGACUCCUCUGCCCCUCCUAUCAGGCUGAGAUUGCAGGCUGAUCUGGAGAGUAGGGAAGAGGGUCCCCAGAUUUCCCCCACCCCUCCCCCUGGGAGCUCCCGGGGCCGGGCAGCUGCUUCCCCUGCCAUAGGUCGGGGCAUUGGGAAGAACCAGAACCGCCCCUCAGUGUGAGCCCACUGCCCUGCUCAUGGUGGAGACCACGGACCUCCAACCGCCAUCAGCCUGAGGGUCCAGCCACCAUCAGCCCGGGGAUCCGGCUGCCCGGCUGCAGAGGCCCGGGCAGGAGGACACCAGACAGGGCCACGGGGGCUUCCCCGGCGGUGGGCAUGGCAGCGGUGGUGGGUCUGGUCUUGUGGGGAGCCCCAGGGGAGGAUUCAGCAGGAUAGGGGCUCUGACUGGACUAAGGGGGGAGGAGGGGGUCCAGGAAGUUCCCUUGGAGCUGAAAGUGACAUGGAAGAGCCCGGGGGGCCACGCUUCUCCACGCCACUCAGCCGGGAGCACACGCUCAACCCCCGCAGAGGGUCUGCGGACUAGAGCCCUCCGCCCGGCGUACCUAUUCCCUGCAGCCCCUAGCCCGGGGCUUGAUUUGCUUUUAGUGCCUUAAUAAAACCUUUCGUAUCCAGAA